CCCGUUUGCAGACAGUUGAAUAACUUUUUUAUGAUAGGAUUUGCCCAUUACCCAGGCAUGACUUUAACGCCAGUAAUGACGAUCCAGCAUAACUGCCCGGGCUAUCAAAUGAUUAUUCAUUGGGCCAGCUGUUGGCCAACGUCAUUAUUUGAAAAGCUGGUUGAGAUCCUUGGAGGGACUCUAGAGAGUGUCUGAGCCUCCUGGUGGCAAGCCUUGUCUGAAAGCCUCCUGAGAACUGGUCAACUCCGAUGCCCCCAGCUCCGCUCUGCUGAGCGCCACUCACGCCGCUGCUGGAUCCUCACGUGGUGACCUCUGUCACUCAAGAUUGUCUGGAGGGCACAGCUCACGGAUUGUUAUUGCUGAAGAUGGGGAGGCUUCUCCUUCUGCUGCUGUGUGUCUGCCAAGCCCAGAGCCAGCCGGCCUCAAGGCCGAACUUCGUGCUGCUGAUGGCGGAUGACCUUGGCAUCGGAGACCCUGGCUGCUAUGGAAACAAAACUCUCAGGACUCCCAACAUUGACCGGCUGGCCCAAGGAGGUGUGAAGCUCACCCAGCACUUGGCCGCAUCACCCCUCUGCACACCAAGCAGGGCAGCCUUCAUGACUGGCCGGUACCCCAUCAGAUCAGGAAUGGCGUCCUGGUCCCGGAUUGGAGUGUUCCUCUUCACCGCCUCCUCUGGAGGGCUACCCGCCAGUGAGAUCACGUUCGCCAGGCUGCUGAAGAACCAGGGAUACUCGACAGCUCUGAUAGGGAAGUGGCACCUGGGGAUGAGCUGUGACAGCAAAUCUGACUUCUGCCACCACCCUCUAAGCCACGGCUUCGAUUACUUCUAUGGGCUCACGGUGACUAACUUAAGAGACUGUAAGCCUGGGUCAGGCAGCGUGUUCACCCAGGGCUUCUGGCUGCUGGUCUUCAUACCCCUGCAGAUCAUCGGCGUGGCGCUGCUCACACUGGCCGUGCUCAACUGCAUGGGGCUGCUAUGCGUGCCCCACGCCAUCUUCCUCUGCCUGCUCCUUCUGGCUGCUGCCAUCCUGGGCCUUCUGGUCUGUUUCCUUCAUUACUUCCGACCCCUCAACUGCUUCCUGAUGCGGAACCAUGAGGUCACCCAGCAGCCCAUGUCCUACGACAACCUUACGCAGAGGCUGACGGCCGAAGCGGUCCAGUUCAUCCAGCGGAAUGCCGAGACAUCCUUCCUGCUUGUCCUGUCCUACCUGCAUGUGCACACGGCCCUCUUCUCCUCCAAGGACUUCACCGGCAAGAGUCAGCAUGGCGCCUACGGGGACGCCGCCGAGGAGAUGGACUGGAGUGUCGGGCAGGUCUUGAAUGUUCUGGAUGACAUGAAGCUGGCCAAUAACACCCUCGUCUACUUUUCAUCAGACCACGGAGCGCAUGUGGAGGAAGUGACCGCCAAAGGAGAGUGUCAUGGGGGAAGCAACGGCAUCUACAAAGGAGGAAAAGCAAACAAUUGGGAAGGAGGUAUUCGGGUUCCAGGCAUCCUCCGGUGGCCCGGCGUGAUACAGGCUGGGCAAGAGACCGAUGAACCCACGAGCAACAUGGACAUCUUCCCCACGGUGGCCAAGCUUGCCAGCUCGCCACUGCCCGAGGACAGGAUCAUCGAUGGACGGGACCUGAUGCCUCUGCUCCAAGGGAGAAGCCAACGGUCGGAUCAUGAGUUCCUCUUCCAUUACUGCAACUCCUAUCUAAAUGCUGUGCGCUGGCACCCGAGAAACAGCACGUCGAUCUGGAAAGCCUUCUUCUUCACACCCAAGUUCUCCCCGGAGGGCUCCAAUGGGUGUUUCUCCACGCACGUGUGCUACUGCUAUGGGCAUUUCAUCACCCAUCACCACCCGCCUCUGCUCUUUGAUAUUUCCAAAGAUCCACGCGAGAGGAACCCGCUCACUCCCGAGACCGAGCCUCGUUUCCACGAGAUCCUUCAGGUCAUGCAGGAUGCGGCGGAUGGUCACGCCAAGACGCUGACCGCUGUGCCCGACCAGCUGUCCAUGGGGAACCUUCUCUGGAAGCCUUGGCUGCAGCUGUGUUGUUCCUCCCUGAGGCUUUCUUGCCAGUGUGACAAGGAAAAGCAGGACAAGAGAGUGAGCCAUUAGCCACGUGUCCUGGAGCAAGACAGAUGCACCAUGCCCAGUCCACAGUCUUCCUUGCAAAUGUGUGUCUGCAAGUGGUACUGGGGAAGGCUAACCUCACCAAUGCUCACUGGCCCUUGAUUUUAUUGCCUGGUCACUUGGCUGAGAGCUUAACAGUUACCCAAAGACCAAGGUUUUCCAUGCAGAGCGAGAAUGUUAGACGUACGCUUUCCAUGACCAGCAUGUCAGUGGGAUGGACGGGGCAUCAGAUGGGUUCAUCCAACGCCAGUGCCGGGAAUUAGACGGUAGGGAAGUGCAGAAGGACACCUUGAUUCGCCCAUUAGCAAAUACCUCUGCAUCAACAGUGUAACGCGUCAUCUGUUCCAUCACCUGAGGCUCCAUCCGCAAUGAGUGCCACGGUUCCCCUGGUGCCCCAGUGACAAAGACAAUUCCCUUUAAAGAGGGUUUAGUAAACCCUAAUAUAUGCAAAGUGAUAGUGAACAAAAGGCCAUCUUGUUGACUAAUAAUAGGUGAUGACAGAUUCUGAUUUGGGUAUUGGAGAGCAACUGCUUUUUACUAAUAUUGGUUACAACACAUGUUACACGCUAUUCACCGUAUAUAUAUAUAUGUAUACGGUUUCUUUCUUUCCUGAAGAAGGUCAAAAUAUUUCAGUAUGGUGCUAGGAGUUUACCA